GUCUCCUCCCCCCUCCUCCAGCUCUGGUGGCUGUGCUGGUGGCUCCGGACAGACGGCACGGAGAAGACAUUGCUCCCCUGCGCCAGACGCAUGUUGUGCCGGAGCUUUGUCCCGCGGUGUGAGGCGCUGCAGGCGGAUGGAGCCCGGGGAUUGUCCGGAAAUGUAAGCGGACCAUUGAUCUCCUCUAUCUGACCGCGUGGGGAUGACUUCCAGGUGUCAGCAGGCUUGUGCAGAGCAUUGAGACACCAUGACAGUGUUCAGACAAGAAAACCUGGAGGAUUAUUACGAUGUUGGAGAAGAACUGGGAAGUGGACAGUUUGCUGUGGUAAAGAAAUGCCAGGAGAAAAGCACAGGUGUGCAGUAUGCUGCAAAAUUCAUCAAGAAGAGGCGAACCAAAUCAAGCCGCCGUGGGGUGACCCGGGAGGAUAUUGAAAGGGAGGUCAGCAUACUGAAAGAAAUCCAACAUCCUAAUGUCAUCACGCUGCAUGAGGUGUUCGAGAACAAAACGGAUGUCAUUCUCAUUCUCGAGCUUGUUGCAGGUGGAGAGUUGUUUGACUUUCUUGCUGAGAAAGAAUCCUUGACAGAAGAGGAAGCUACUGAGUUCCUCAAGCAGAUUUUAAAUGGCGUCAAUUACCUUCACUCGCUGCAGAUUGCUCACUUUGAUCUCAAGCCGGAAAACAUCAUGCUGCUGGAGAGAAAUUUACCCAAAGCUCGUAUUAAGAUAAUCGAUUUUGGUUUAGCUCACAAAAUCGAUACUGGCAAUGAAUUUAAAAAUAUUUUUGGGACUCCGGAAUUUGUUGCCCCAGAAAUUGUGAACUAUGAGCCGCUUGGUUUGGAGUCCGAUAUGUGGAGUAUCGGCGUAAUAACGUAUAUUCUGUUGAGUGGUGCUUCCCCAUUUCUCGGCGAGACCAAACAAGAGACUUUGGCCAAUAUAUCUGCUGUUAGUUAUGAAUUUGAGGAUGAGUUUUUUAGCAACACAAGUGAUCUGGCCAAAGACUUUAUACGGCGGCUUCUUGUCAAAGACCCAAAGAAGAGAAUGUCUAUUGAAGAUACUUUGAAUCACCCGUGGAUUAAGCCUAAAGAUACACAGCAAGCACUGAGAAGAAAAGCCUCCGCCGUCAACAUGGAGAAGUUCAAGAAGUUUGCUGCCCGGAGAAAAUGGAAACAAUCUGUCCGCUUGAUAUCUCUGUGCCAAAGACUGUCAAGAUCUUUCUUGUCAAGGAGCAAUAUGAGCAUCGCUCGAAGUGAUGAUACUUUGGAUGAAGAGGAUUCCUUUGUUAUGAAGGCCAUCAUCCAUGCUAUAAAUGAUGACAAUGUUCCUGGUUUACAGCAUCUUCUGGGAUCUUUGGCAAACUAUGAUGUAAACCAGCCAAACAAGCAUGGCACCCCUCCACUAUUAAUAGCCGCUGGCUGUGGAAAUAUUCAGAUGCUGGAGCUGUUACUUAAGCGUGGCGCACAUAUUGACGUGCAGGAUAAGGCUGGAUCCAAUGCACUUUAUUGGGCCUCCCGGCAUGGUCAUGUUGAGACAUUAAAAUUCCUCCAUCAGAAAAAAUGUCCACUUGAUGUGAAAGAUAAAUCAGGCGAAACCGCCCUUCAUGUGGCAGCUCGAUACGGGCACGUGGAAGUCAUACAGUACCUGUGCAGCAUUGGAUCAAAUCCAGAUAUUCAGGAUAAAGAAGAAGAGACAGCUCUACAUUGUGCUGCCUGGCAUGGUUACAAUCCCGUGGCAAGAGCUUUGUGCCAGGCUGGCUGCAACGUCAAUAUUCGCAACAGGGAAGGAGAAACCCCCCUCCUGACAGCCUCAGCAAGAGGAUACCAUGAUAUUGUGGAAUGCUUGACUGAACAUGGAGCUGACCUUGAUGCCACAGACAAGGACGGGCACAUAGCCUUGCACCUUGCAGUGAGAAGAUGUCAGAUGGAAGUAGUUAAAACCUUGAUCAAUAAGGGGUGCUACGUAGACUUCCAGGAUCGUCAUGGUAACACACCUCUGCAUGUCGCAUGCAAAGAUGGCAAUAUUCCUAUUGUAAUGGCACUUUGUGAAGCCAACUGUAAUUUGGAUAUUACUAACAAGUAUGGCCGUACCCCCUUACACCUUGCAGCAAACAAUGGUAUCCUUGAAGUGGUUCGGUAUCUCUGCCUCUGUGGAGCCAAUGUAGAAGCACUGACGAUGGAUGGCAAAACUGCAGAAGAUCUGGGCAGGGCUGAACAGCAUGAGCCUGUUGUCAAUUUACUAUCAAGGCUUCGAAAGGACACCUAUCGGACUGUAUUCAUUCAGCAGUUAAGACCAUGCCAAACCCUACAGCCCAGGAUAAAGCUGAAAUUAUUUGGACACUUUGGAUCUGGAAAGACUACACUGGUGGAGUCCUUGAAGUGUGGGCUCAUUCGCAGCUUCUUUAGAAGACGCAGACCCCGGCUUUCAUCUACUAAUUCAGUGCGGUUCCCCCCCUCUCCAAUGUCUUCCAAAACUUCAGUUUCAGUUAGCAUCUGUGAUUUAUACCCUGGCUGUGAAAAUGUCAGCGUAAGGAGCAGGAGUAUGAUGUUUGAACCGGGUCUCACCAAAGGAGUACUGGAAGUGUUUGUGUCACCAUCCCAUCACCCACACUGCUCUCUUGACGACCAGUCCACAAAAGCGAUUGACAUCCAGAAUGCCAAUCUGAAUGGUGUUGGAGAUUUCAGUGUCUGGGAAUUUUCAGGAAACCCUACAUAUUACUGCAGCUAUGACUAUUUUGCUGCAAAUGAUCCCACAUCCGUGCACUUGGUAGUCUUCAGCCUUGAAAAACCAUAUGAAAUUCAACUAAAUCAAGUCAUAUUCUGGCUCAAUUUUCUGAAAUCCCUUAUGCCUGUUGAGGAGCCAAUAGCCUAUGGAGGGAAGCUGAGGAGCCUUCUUAAAGUAGUCCUGGUUGCAACCCAUGCAGACAUUGUGAAUCUCCCACGUCCUGCAGGAGAGUUUGGAUAUGACAAGGAUAUGUCACUACUAAAAGAAAUUAGAAAUAGGUUUGGUAAUGACCUGCAGAUCUCUGACAAGCUAUUUGUGCUGGAUGCUGGAGCAUCUGGUUCGAAGGAUAUGAAGCUUCUGCGCAAUCAUCUUCAAGAAUUGAGAAGCCAGUUAAUUUCUAGCUGCCCAACAAUGACUCCAUUGUGUGAGAAAGUUGUCUCCGUCUUGCCAUCAUGGAGAAAGCAAAAUGGCCCCAACCAGUUGCUUUCAUUUCAGCAGUUUGUCUAUGACGUGCAAGAACAACUUAAUCCAUUGGCCACUGAGGAUGAUGUCCGGAAUCUAGCACAACAACUUCACAGCAUGGGAGAGAUCAACAUCAUGCAGAGUGAAACCGUCCAAGAUGUGGUGCUCUUAGACCCUAGAUGGUUAUGUUCCAAUGUCCUAGGAAAGCUACUCUCUGUUGAGAACCCAAAAGCUCUUCAUCAUUAUAGAGGGAGAUACACCAUGGAGGAUAUCCAGCGUCUAGUCUCUGACAGUGAUGUGGAUGAACUUGUUCAAAUUUUAGAUGCCAUGGACAUAUGUGCUCGAGAUAUAAGCAGUGGUACCAUGGUGGAUAUCCCUGCUCUUAUUAAAACGGACAGCCUCCACAGGUCAUGGACUGAUGAGGAGGAGGACAUUUUGAUUUAUGGAGGUGUUAGAAUUGUUCCUGUGGAACACCUUACUCCCUUCCCAUGUGGAAUAUUUCAUAAAGUUCAAGUUAACCUGUGCCGGUGGAUACACCAACAGAGUGCUGAAGGAGAUGCUGAUAUACGCUUGUGGGUAAAUGGGUGUAAGCUGGCCAACAGAGGUGCUGAAGUUCUGGUGUUGCUGGUCAACAAUGGUCAGGGAAUUGAAGUGCAUGUUAGAGGACUAGAAACGGAGAAGAUAAAGUGUUGUUUACUUCAAGAAUCAAUCUGCAGUAUCAUUGAUAACUUAUUAGCAACUACAUUGCCUGGGCUUUUGACUGUAAAACAUUACUUAAGCCCACAACAGCUAAGGGAACAUCAUGAACCGGUAAUGGUUUAUCAACCAAGAGACUUUUUCCGUGCCCAGGCUCAAAAGGAAACUUCGCUGGCGAACACCAUGGCUGGGUACAAGGAAAGCUUUAGCAGCAUACUAUGCUUUGGAAGUCUGGAAAUUUACUCCCAAGGAAGCUUAGGAAUGGAUCACCACAUCUCUGAUCUGAAUAUACUUGUAAGGAGGAAGCUCAGCAGGCUUCUAGAUUCUCCAGAUCCUAUGGGCAAAGACUGGUGUCUUCUAGCUAUGAACUUGGGCCUUCCAGAAUUAGUUGCCAAAUACAAUGCUGGCAGUGCCUCUCAAAAAGAUUUCCUCCAGAGCCCAGUUUGUUCUCUUCUUCAGGAAUGGGGAAAUGCUCCUGAGAGCACUAUAGCAAUUUUAAUGUCAAAACUAAGGGAACUUGGACGUCGGGAUGCAGCAGAUUUUUUGCUGAAAUCAUCUUCAGUGUUUAGAGUGAAUUUAGAUGUCCAUGGACAGGAGGCUUAUGCUGCGAGCUGCAACAGUGGCACAUCCUAUAAUUCUAUUAGUUCAGUAGUAUCUCGAUAACCGAAUCGCUAUUCAUUCUGGACACUGCUAUACAGCAACCAGUGUAAAGAAUUUAGUCCCUAUUUUAUUGUAUUAUAAGGGUAUGAGUUUUACGUCAUUAAUUUAUAGACAUUCCAUCUAUGAAUGUUCCAUGCCCUAUAAACCUUCUUUGUGAUCUUUCUACUUUUAAUAAGAAUUGUUGCCUUUUUGUCAUAGAUUUUUAGAGGUUCAUACUUUGGAAUUUUCAACCCAGACUUCUAUAUGAAUGUGCUGCUAAUUACUGCCAACUAAAUGGAUAUAAGCUGUCCCGUUCACAUAAAAGAUAAAGUUAUUUUGUACAUUUUAGCAAUCUAAAGGCAUAGCUGCUCCUAUCCAGAAACAAGACCCACAUCCCACUUGUGUUUGCUUAAUAUUUGAGUAAUAUUUCUUCAGUGGAUUUGAAGGUGUUCCAUGAAUUCUCUUUUAGGAAACACAGUGGUGUGAGUGCCUUGUUAAGGGGAGGUUUAGCUAUAGCUUCAGUUCAUCAUGUGCUCUACCUCUUCAUUACCUUUUGCAUGAUAAUCAUGACAAGUGUCCGUUUUACUUUAAAGCACUCUCCAGAUAUAUAUAUAUAAAACACCUACAAUAUGUACUGUACUUGUAUUUUCUCCACUGCAGUCUUCAAUGUGACUGUAUGGCUCAGGUACAUAGUUGAUGAGUCAAAAGAAUAUCUGACAUUUACUUUUUAAGUGUUAUAGGCUUUGUCCAAUUGGUUUCUUUAGUAAAAGGUUGAAAGAUUUUUAUUUUUUAACACAGAUGAAGCUUUAUUUUACAGUUUGUGAGGCCUUGAACGUUCAAGCUGAUGGGCAGCAUGAAGUUUCCUUCAGUUACAUCAUCUCAGGUAUAGGUUCUUACAGAUCUCCGUCAGCAGUGUAAGACUUGUGUCGGAAGGAAUCCUGCAACAAACACCCAUUGCAAUAUUUCUAGUUUAGAAACGGGCAUCUUUUUAUUGUUAUAUACAAGGGCAAGUUCACGAUUAUUCCUGUACUUGAAACAACAAGCAAAUCUUUGCUUGCUGCCAAUACUGAUUGAAUAUCUGUUUCGUUAGUGUGCUUUCUCUUUGAAGACGCAUGCAAUGGAUGAAAUCUUUUAUGUGAAUAUACAGGAGUGACAUUCCCAUUUUUAAUCUUUUGUUUGUAGAACGACUUUAAAACUUGUUUUUAUAUCUGUAUAUAUCUAUGAAUAAACAUAUUGCCUGUU